AACCAUCACCAAAUAACACUGCUUUCUCUCCCUCUCGUUCUCAUUCUUUUUAGCUACUCAGAAUCCUCGCUGUCUGCCCAAGAGCGAUUCCAGGACGGAGUUUUGGAAAGGUUGUGGACACCAUCAACAGCUUCAACCGUGUCGUUGGCCGUUCUCAGGAUCGAGCGGAAUAACAGAUGGGUGUGCCUCUUUCAAUGUUGACCGAGGCGAUGGAUGACGGUGGUGAUGUUCAUGGUGCCCAUCGCGACGUCUCGAGGCAGAACGGCGAGACGGUGGUGGUGAGAUCGAUCAGCUUCAACAAGGGAGACGGGUUGAAGACGGUGCUGAGAUCGGUGAGCUUCGAUGGCAAGGACGGCUCCGAGGCCACGGUGUUGAGAUCGUUGGGGAGGAACAUGAUCAUCGAAGGGUCGGUCAGUUUCAAGACGAGGGAGCCCAAUGCCCACUGCUUGGAGACCGCCGUCAACGUCGACCUCCACGGCCGAGUGGACAGCCUCCAGGCGUCUAUCUUGGAUUCCCCCAAGCAUGAGGCGGCCGUGAAAUUGCAGAAGGUCUAUAAGAGUUUCCGGACGAGGAGGAACUUGGCGGAUUGCGCCGUCCUCGUCAACCAAUUCUGGUGGUCGGCUCUAGAUUUUGCGACCCUGAAGCGAAGCUCGGUCUCAUUUUUUGACAUUGAUAAGCCGGAAAGCGCCGUUUCAAAGUGGUCAAGGGCGAGAACCAGGGCUGCCAAGGUUGGUAAAGGCUUGUCUAAGGAUGAGAAGGCUCAGAAGCUGGCUUUGCAGCAUUGGCUUGAAGCUAUUGACCCACGGCAUCGUUAUGGUCAUAAUUUGAAUUUCUAUUACGAUAAGUGGUUAGAUUGCGACAGUAAGCAGCCAUUUUUCUACUGGUUGGAUGUCGGAGAAGGAAAGGAGGUUAAUCUUGACAAAUGCCCAAGGCCUAAACUUCAGCAACAAUGCAUCAAGUACCUCAGCCCAAAAGAAAGGGAGGCCUAUGAAGUGAUUGUGAAGGAGGGGAAGUUUGUAUUGAAGAAGAGUGGGAAGUUCUUAGAUACAUCUGAAGGAGGCAACGGUGCUAAGUGGAUAUUCGUCUUGAGUACAUCCAGGGCAUUAUAUGUGGGGCAGAAGAAGAAGGGUACCUUUCAGCAUUCAAGCUUUCUUGCUGGAGGUGCAACAUCAGCUGCGGGAAGACUUGUUGUGCUAGAUGGAGUACUAAAGGCUGUCUGGCCUUACAGUGGCCAUUAUCGUCCAACCGAAGAGAACUUUCGGGAAUUUGUGAGCUUUCUUGAAGAGAAUGGAGUGGACUUCAGCGAUGUCAAGAAAAGUCCAGCAGACGGAGACGAUGAAGUGAUCAGAACAGAAGGAAGCAGAGUUGGAGCCUUAAGAACCAGCUCCUCUGAAUCAGACAUUGCCGAUUCGUUGGAUGAAGAACGGGUAGUCGGAAGCCAAGCAGUGCCUGUGGAAGGAACCACUGCUGACCAAAAGGAUAAUUUGAUACCAAACAUAGCACCUUCAUUAGAGAGAUCAGAAAGUGACAUCGACACCACCACCACCAUGGGAUUGGAUGGUAGUCACAAUGUCAAUGGCUUCAAUUCGAGCGAUGAUGAAACAGAAGGGAAGUGUCAGCAGUACUCACACUUCCGCAAGAAAAAUCUAUUCGACCAAGAGAACCGCAGGCUAGAAGUACAGGUGUUGCCAAAGGAAGCUCUUCUUCACAGGAUAAAUUCCAAGAAGGGAAUGGUAGCAUAUCAGUUAGGAAAGCAGUUAUCAUGCAAAUGGACAUCAGGAACGGGACCUAGAAUAGGCUUUGUAAGGGACCAUCCUUCAGAAUGGCAGUUCCGAGCACUCGAGCAAGUGAACUUGUCUCCAAGAUCAACAGCAACUAGUAGGUUUUGUAGCUCUCCAAGACCAACAUGAUGGUCGGCGGAUGAAGACCCCACCCCCCUACCAGCCCAAGUUAUGAAAGUGGGAACUCCCACUGCAGCUAAUUCUUUUUUGUACAAGUAAAAACUAUACAAGCAAUCAUUCUUUGUUUUUUCCCAGCAGGGGCCAACUUUGGGCCACCGCAUCUGUAUACAGGCGAUUCAAUUAAAUGUAUUCUUUUGUUUUGUA